UCAGCUCGCGCAGUAACAAAUGAAGUGCGCGCUGCGACACCUCCCAGCUCGCCAGGCUCGGCCGCCAUUUCUUCGCCUGGCCUAACGGUCCGGCCAAUCCCAGCGUGCAUCGAGGAGGGCUAAGGCUCCACCAAUUGGAGGCCGCCGAUUUCGACCCCCUUGCCUCGGCUCGGCCCAAUCCAGGCCUCGGACCCGUCGCCCCCGGCCCGCCCCCGCGGCGCCCUCUCUCCUCCCUCUUUGUGCGUCUCGCGCCGCCGCCGCCCGCCGCGUGAGAGGACGCGCUCCGCGGCAGCGCAGUCGGGUCCCCUCCCCCCGGAAGGUUCGUGGAAAGGAAGCCGCCACCGCCGCCUAAAAGGAGCCGCCGGUGCCGGUCCCCGGGGGCGCCAUGGCGACCGGAGCGAACGCCACGCCGCUGGACUUCCCAAGUAAGAAGCGGAAGAGGAGCCGCUGGAACCAGGAUACAAUGGAACAGAAGACGGUGAUUCCGGGAAUGCCUACGGUCAUCCCCCCCGGACUGACGAGGGAGCAAGAGAGAGCGUAUAUAGUGCAACUGCAGAUAGAAGACCUGACUCGUAAACUGCGCACAGGAGACCUGGGCAUCCCCCCUAACCCUGAGGACAGGUCCCCUUCCCCUGAGCCCAUCUACAAUAGCGAGGGGAAGCGGCUUAACACCCGCGAGUUCCGCACACGCAAAAAGCUUGAAGAGGAGCGGCAUAACCUCAUCACGGAGAUGGUUGCCCUCAACCCUGAUUUCAAGCCACCUGCAGAUUACAAACCUCCAGCAACGCGCGUGAGCGAUAAAGUAAUGAUUCCACAAGACGAGUAUCCAGAAAUCAACUUUGUGGGUCUGCUGAUUGGGCCCAGAGGGAACACCUUGAAGAACAUAGAGAAGGAAUGUAAUGCCAAGAUUAUGAUCCGGGGGAAAGGGUCUGUUAAAGAAGGGAAAGUUGGCCGCAAAGAUGGCCAGAUGCUCCCUGGAGAGGAUGAGCCACUUCAUGCCCUAGUUACCGCCAACACCAUGGAGAAUGUGAAGAAAGCUGUGGAACAGAUAAGAAACAUCCUGAAGCAGGGUAUUGAGACCCCUGAGGACCAGAAUGAUCUACGGAAGAUGCAGCUUCGGGAGUUGGCUCGCUUGAAUGGGACCCUUCGGGAAGAUGAUAACAGGAUCUUAAGACCCUGGCAGAGCUCAGAGACACGCAGCAUUACCAAUACCACAGUGUGUACCAAGUGUGGUGGGGCUGGACACAUUGCUUCCGAUUGCAAAUUCCAAAGGCCUGGUGACCCCCAGUCAGCUCAGGAUAAAGCACGGAUGGAUAAAGAAUAUUUGUCUCUUAUGGCUGAACUGGGCGAAGCACCGGUGCCGGCAUCUGUGGGCUCCACCUCUGGGCCCGCCACCACGCCCCUGGCCAGUGCACCUCGACCUGCUGCUCCCGCCAACAACCCACCUCCACCGUCUCUCAUGUCUACCACCCAGAGCCGCCCACCUUGGAUGAAUUCUGGCCCUUCAGAGAGUCGGCCCUACCAUGGCAUGCAUGGAGGUGGUCCUGGUGGGCCUGGAGGUGGCCCCCACAGCUUCCCACACCCAUUACCCAGCCUGACAGGUGGGCAUGGUGGACAUCCCAUGCAGCACAACCCUAACGGACCCCCACCCCCUUGGAUGCAGCCGCCACCACCACCGAUGAACCAGGGCCCCCACCCACCUGGGCAUCAUGGCCCUCCUCCAAUGGAUCAGUACCUGGGAAGUACGCCUGUGGGCUCUGGGGUCUAUCGCCUGCAUCAAGGAAAAGGUAUGAUGCCGCCGCCGCCUAUGGGCAUGAUGCCGCCGCCGCCGCCGCCGCCCAGUGGGCAGCCCCCGCCCCCUCCCUCUGGCCCUCUUCCCCCAUGGCAGCAGCAGCAGCAGCAGCCUCCGCCACCCCCUCCGCCCAGCAGCAGUAUGGCUUCCAGUACCCCCUUGCCAUGGCAGCAAAAUACGACGACUACCACCACGAGCGCUGGCACAGGGUCCAUCCCGCCAUGGCAACAGCAGCAGGCGGCUGCCGCAGCUUCUCCAGGAGCCCCUCAGAUGCAAGGCAACCCCACUAUGGUGCCCCUGCCCCCCGGGGUCCAGCCGCCUCUGCCGCCCGGGGCCCCUCCCCCUCCGCCGCCUCCGCCGCCUGGUUCCGCCGGCAUGAUGUAUGCCCCGCCCCCUCCUCCUCCGCCUCCCAUGGACCCUUCUAACUUUGUCACCAUGAUGGGCAUGGGGGUGGCGGGCAUGCCGCCCUUCGGGAUGCCUCCAGCUCCCCCACCGCCUCCACCACAGAACUAGACUCGGUUUUUUUUAAGAAAAUAUAUAUUAUAGAGAGAGAGAAUUGGUCUCGUUUAAACACACGCCGAACCUCACCAUAUGGAGCCAGACAUUGGGAUGCACGCAUGUGAUUUGUGUGCACGCAUGUGUGUGUGUGCACGCACCGGGCUGGGCCAAGCGACUGAGGACUCGCUUGGGAACGGGCAGGCGAUAGUAGGGGCGCCAGCUUGGGCUCUCCUGGCGCCCCGUAGCAUCGAGUGUCUUCUUUGUCUUCUUUCUCUCCUCACCCAACUCCCUUUGCCUCUCCCCAAACCGGGCCGCCAGGAUCCCUCCCCGCGGCGGCGAUGGCCCGAGCCAUGAGAGUGAGGACUUUCCGCGCCCAUUGGUGACCCUUCCAGGCAGACAGCCUCAGCAGCGCCCCUGGUGGACAGGAUGGUUCGGCAAAGCAGCCUGAGUUAUUUUUGUGGACGGAAUCGGAACACGCUGGCUCCAUAUCGUGAAAUUUUUAUUAAUUUUUUCUUUUUCCUUUGUUAUUUCCGUAUCUCUUCCUUUCUUCAGACUCCGUCCAAGGAGAUGCUCUUCCCCGAUCUUCUGCUGCAAUUAGAUUCCUUUCCUUUUUCUCCAUUCCUUGUUCUUCGCUUCCCAAGGAGAGGAGGGAGCAAAUGGUUUUAGGCGCAAACUUUGGCCAUUAAUGUCAGGCUAUUUGGAAGGGGGGGUUACUUUUGGUUCUAAGAUUUUCAAGGUUGCCAUGACCACCCCAGUUUUGUUGUUUGUUUUUUUGUAGUGUGACAUUUGUUUUUGCCACCUUGGUAGAGUAGUAGUGGGUUAAUUUCCAGAUUCCGGGCCGACACCCAUCCUGGCACCCCUGCCAGUGGUAGGUGGGGCCACCCAAGCUACCUUGGUCUUGUCUGCCACCCUGGAGAGUCCUUUCCUUGCUCCCUGAGCACCUGAGCUGCCUCAGAUUCCAUUUGUUCCUCUCCUUCCUGGAAGGUUUCCUUUCAAAUUUUAUUUUAAUCCCAAACGUCUGAAUGUUUUGCAGUGUCUAGGGGUUUAAGCCCCUUGUUUUUCAUUCUACUUUUUUCUCCCCUUCCCUCUUCAUGGAGUGAUUAUGUUGACAAUAAUGUAUAAUGCGCGUUCUCUUCACUGGUUUAUCUGCAGAAAUUUCUCUGGGCUUUUUUUUCGGUGUAUGAUUCAACACUGCGUUAAAAGGGGGAUGUUCCAUUGAAUAAAAGAGCAGUGUGGUUUUCUGGG